AUGGAUGUUGAAGUAAAAAUAAAAGAUGACAUGAAGAAGCUAGGCUGUAAAUGCGACAAGAAAAUUGUAUUAGCCUACCAUUUAUACAUACAUCUUGUUGACGAAAAGCUGAUGUACGAUACCGAAUACUGUUACAAUAAAGACAUUGACACCAUGUAUAUUGUAGCACGGCCGAGAAAGAAUGAGAAAUUAAACAUAUAUGUGCCUGUACUAACAAGUGAGGACAUUAAUAUGGACUUUAUAAGUGUAUUGCAAGAGAAUUUGUGUACCGUAGAAACUGGACCUAGUGUAAACUUAGCAUUUAUCGAAGGUGACUUCACUAUCGUAAUUUACACGUUCACUAAAGGUUUGGCUGAACGCCGGUCGCCUGAACGUACAACACAAAUGAGGUUGAAGGAAGAAAAACGAAAUUUUAUUAAUACAGAGUUGAAGAAAAAUAAAAAUAAGAUAUUAAAUGAUGCUUUAAACGGUGGGGUCGUAGAUGAUGAUUGUGUUGUCUUAGAAUAG